AUGCACUACUCCACUGCCGCCCUCUCCCUUACGGCCAUUGCCGCCGCUGGUGUCGCCUUCGCCCAGAACACCUUCUCAACGAACACGCCCACCGUCUUCCUCACCUGCCAGCCCUCCCGCAUCACUUGGGUCGGUGGCCAGGCUCCUUACUUCCCCCGCAUCACCGCGCCCGGAGACACUUCCAACACGCUUCGCUCCUUCGACCAGACCAGCGAGAUGGGCCUCACCUGGAACGUCGACCUUGCCGCUGACCAGUCGGUCACCAUCGCCGUAGGAGACUCGGCCGGCCAGACUGCCCCCUCGAACCAGGUCGCCAUCCGCGCUGGUGGCUCCACUUCAUGCGUCCGCGCCGCUGGUGGCACCGCUUCCGGCGGCUCCUCGUCGGCUGGUGGCUCCUCGUCCAGCGGAUCGUCUUCUCAGGCAUCGUCGUCCAGCUCGUCCAGCCGCCCUUCGUCCUCGUCGAGCUCUUCCGCUCCCUCGAGCUCUUCGUCGGCUUCGACCCCCGCCUCCUCGUCGUCGGCCUCUAGGCCCGCCUCGACCACGGCUGCUGCCACCUCGUCGCCCUCUGGUGGCGCCAACGGCGCUGACUCGAUCCGCGGCUUCUCGGCCGUCGUCGCCGGCGUUGUCGGUGUCGCUGCUGCCGCUCUCCUCUAA